AUGCAGUGUGACUCCGCAAUUUGGGGACUGGUCAUAUCUUUUAAAUUACUGGACAAGGUGCAGUCCCACUCAACAGUGAUUGGGAAGAUAUGGAUAAGUGUCCUGUUUAGCUUCAGGAUCCUGGUUCUGGUUGCUGGAGCCAACAGUGUGUGGGGCGACGAACAGUCUGAUUUCUACUGCAACAACGAAGAACCUGGUUGUGAAAAUGUCUGCUACGACUGGAUCUUCCCCAUAUCACACAUCCGUUUCUGGGUCAUGCAGAUCAUCUUCAUCUCCACUCCAACUCUUCUGUACCUGGGCCAUGUCAUGCAUGUCAUCAGCCAGGAGAACAAGCUGAGAGCCAUACUGCACAGCCAAGAAGAUAAUGGCACGUUGAAGAAGCCCAAAUACACAGAUGACAGGGGGAAAAUCAAAAUCAAGGGAAUACUGCUGCGUAGCUACAUGACCCAAUUGCUCUUUAAGAUAGUGUUAGAGCUCGCUUUUAUUGCGGGACAGUACUACUUAUACGGGUUUGUCAUGAAAUCCUUCUUCCAAUGUCAACAAGAGCCCUGUUCCAAACUGGAUGCUGAAUGCUUCAUGUGCCGUCCUACAGAGAAGACCAUUUUCAUAAUAUUCAUGCUUGUUGUGGCCAGUGUGUCUCUGCUUUUGAAUGUGGUCGAGGUGUUUUAUUUGAUUUUCACCAGAGUAAAAUGUGGAGCCAAGAAACAGUGCCCACUGCAUAUCAACUCAUCUGAGAACACAGCCACCCUCUACAACCCAGAAUCAGCAUGGCACGGUAACAUGGAUGGACAUAAAGAUCACUCACUCAUUACUACACAGAGUCCAGAGCGAAGCUGAACUGUUGGAGGAAGAGAAGAACACGUGUUAGGCUUCUAAUAGAUUUCACUUGAUGGCGCUCUGCUCUGUGAAGUGGCAUACUGUAAUGAGUGGCCUACAAGAAAUAUAAAAAGUGUACAGUUACAUUCCA